GCCACAGAGCAGCAGGUCCAGGGAGCCAAGUGGUGAACAUGGCUGAGUGGAGGGACCCGUCCUUCACUAUAGUCGAGUAUAUGGCGGACCACAGUGGCUAUGAGUGUGGCUACUGUAAAAAUAAGAACACAAAUUUUAGUCAUGGUAUGUGGUCACACCGAAUGGGUGUUGGGGAUUAUCAAGACUUAAUUGAUCGUGGUUGGCGACGUAGUGGUAAAUACUGCUACAAACCAACAAUGAACAAAACAUGCUGCCCGAUGUAUACUAUCAAAUGUGAUGCCCUAGAAUUGAAAUUAAGCAAGUCACAGAAAAAAAUACUCAAGCGCAUGCACCGAUACCUGAGUUAUGGGGAUAUGAAGGAAGACCAAACCAUAGGAAGUGACAGCUCAACGAGCACAAUGGGAAAUUCAGAGUUUGUAACUCCAAAAUUUGAAAGCAAGCGAGAUCUAUCCUCUGUCACACUUUCAACAAAUGAUAUAAACACAACAAGGAAUAUAGGUUCUUUUGCUAUAGAAACAAAUGAUGGCAAUAUGAAUAGUAAUAAGACACCUGUAAAUACUGAGACACAGAAGAGCAUUUGUGUACCUGAAGAAGAAACUGCAGGAGGUGCUAGUCAAGACCUCAAAGCAGGAAGUACCGGUACCCGCAGCAAACCUCUGAAAGCAGGUGCAGGAGUUAGUGUGCGGAUUGUGGGAGGGGAAGGGGGUGCAGCAUCGGGAUCUCAGCCACCCCCUACCAGGCCUAGCUGUCCAAAUCCCAACAAGCCGCCUUGUCGAAAAGCCAAAGAUAUCCGUAGGGAACGUAGGGAAGCUAAACGUGCCAAAUUUGCCCAUGAAGCAGUGGCCAGAGGUGAGUCUCCCAUGCAGACAAAAGAGACAAAGUCAUCUACCAACCAAAAAACUCUGGAAGAUUAUAUAAAUGAACCUCUCCCUGAAAAUCCUGCUCAUACUCUUGAGGUUAAAUUAGUUCGUUCACAACCAAGCAGUGCUGAGUUUCUGCGAACUUUCAAGACGGCUCACCAAGUGUAUGAAAGGUACCAGGUUAACAUCCAUGGAGACACUCCAGACAGGUGUUCUGAGUCACAGUAUAAGAGGUUCCUGUGUAAUUCACCACUUGAGCCCUGGCAGCCACCCUCUGGCCCACUGCAGGGAUAUGGUUCUUUCCAUCAUCAGUAUUGGUUGGAUGGACGUUUGAUAGCAGUAGGGGUGCUGGACGUUCUGCCCCAUUGCCUUUCCUCGGUUUACCUCUAUUAUGAUCCCGAGUUCUCAUUUUUAUCGUUGGGCACGUACGCAUCCUUGAGAGAACUAGCACUGACUCGUGAACUGCAACGUAGAGUGUCAUCCUUAAAGUGGUAUUACAUGGGCUUCUACAUUCAUUCUUGUCCCAAAAUGCGCUAUAAGGGCAAAUAUACCCCCUCCUUUCUGCUGUGUCCAGAAACAUAUGUUUGGGUUCCCAUUGAAAAAUCUUUACCUAAAUUAGAAUUAGCAAAAUAUUCAAGAUUACAUGAAGAUCCAUCUGCUGUUGAUGAAAAUGGACAGGUGGACAUCUGUAAGAUACCAGUACUGCAUGAAGACAAACUGCUUAGGUAUGGAAUGUAUCCUUCUGAUGAUGAAGAUGAGAUAAAAGAAUAUGCAACUCUUGUAGGAGAAAAAUGUGCAUAUUCCAUUAUGUUAUAUCGUAGCUGAGGUUUUCAUCUCAUGAAAGGAUUAGUACAGCAGUAGGAGUUACCAGUACCUUUUGAACCCAGUCAGGACAUGAAUUGCACUUAUUGAUUUUUCUGUUAGACAUUUUUUUAUCAUGGCAUCGUUAGGAAUGAAAACAUGAAAUUGAUUAUGAAAUUGGCUCUUCUGCUCAUUGUGAAUGAAGAAUAUAUAUAUAUAUAUAUUUGGAUAUA